UGACGUUUCUCAAAGCGCGAGUUCUGACCCGGAAGCAGUGCGUGAAUCCGGACUGGGGUCGAUCGACGGUGGAUGUUAAAAUAGUGUAGCGGUGAUGAAUACCCGUGGCUUGCGAUCCCAGCUUAAGGACAGCGUCCCAGUGGCAGGCCUCUGCACGCAGGCCGGUUCGUAUGGCGUCCAGGACCCACUUCGCAAAGGCUUUAGCAGUGUGAAGAAUGAGCUGCUUCCCAGCCACCCACUGGAGCUGUCAGAAAAGAAUUUCCAUCUCAACCAAGACAAGAUGAACUUCUCAACACUCAGGAACAUCCAGGGACUACAUGCACCUCUGAAGCUCCAGAUGGAAUACAGGGCAACCCGACAGAUUCAGCGGCUGCCCUUCCUGCAGAGCUCCAACAUUGCUUUGGACACUCUCAGGGGAAAUGACGAGAGCAUUGGGUUUGAAGACGUACUCAACGAUCCUGCUCAGAGUGAGGUCAUGGGUGAUCCCCACAUGAUGAUGGAGUACAAGUUAGGGCUGCUUUGAAAGGACUGUCAAACAGAUUCACCUGUUUGUUGGCCUGCCCACCUGUGCAUGCGUUCCUUUGGUUUCUUCAUGACACAUUAAAAGUGUAUCUGCGUUUGCUUUACGCUCCCAGGCAUAGAACUCAAGUUUUGAGAUGUUCAGGUCUUUUGUUUCUAAUAAAACUUCAGUCCCA